GACGACUUUUUUACACGUCGGAUAAUCGAUUAGUCGAAAAUCGACUUUUAGAUCCCUAAACUACAGCUAACUUCAACAGUGACAUUUUGCGAAUUUCUUGACUGGAGAAAUAUAACAAAUCCCAAAAAUGGCUGACAAAGUUGUUGAGAAGCCUGUUGGCAAUCCCAUGAAGUUCCCCUACACCUUCUCUGCCAAAAUAGCCCAAUUCCCCAUGAAACAUUACAUCAAGAACCAAUGGAUCUGGCGUUAUUAUUUCAUUGCAUUCGGUCUGUCCAUUCCCGUCUUCUACAAGAUUAGCAAACUUGCUAACUCACCUGGAAACAAAAAGGCUUGGGCUGAACAACAGGCCAAGGAGCAUGCCGAACAUCAUUAAGAUAAUUUAGCGUAUUUUGUAUGUGGAGAAUAACAUAGUUCUUUACCACGCGUUUCCUCAACUUGUGUAUUUAGAUGUCAUUGAUUUGAAUAUUUUUUCCGAGAAAAUAAAUGUCAACCAUAAGUGGGACUUUUAAAAA